AUGGCGAGGAGCGAUAGCUGCUUGGCGCGCAUCGGCGCCGGAGUCGCCAUCGGCGGCGCGGUCGGCGGAGCCGUCGGUGCUGUGUAUGGGACUUAUGCCGCUAUCAGAUUGAGGGUCCCUGGGCUGCUGAAGAUCAGACACAUCGGACAGGCCACUGUUGGCAGCGCUGCGGUAUUCGGGCUUUUCCUGGGAGCUGGGAGCUUGAUACAUUGUGGGAAAAAUUACUAG